AUGAAGACAAACGUGGAAUUUGGGAGUUGGAAGAUGCCGACCAAGGCCGACCUCAAGGCUCGUGCGACGACCUUGAAGGCCUGGGAGUUGGAGAAACAGCCCUCAACGUUUGCUCCGGACGGAGUUUGGUCCAACAGAGACACGGACCCUCUGCCGAUGGAGCGACGUACCUGGGGCUUUCUCACUUGGUUCGGAUAUUGGUGCUCGGAUGCCGUCAAUGUCACCACCUGGCAAGCCGCGGGAACUGUGAUUGCUUUGGGGUUGUCCUGGCGUGAGGCCAUUCCGACCGUCUUCGUGGGAAACACCCUCGUCGCGGUCCCGAUCGUCUUGACAGGGUGGAUCGGAGCCAAACACCACAUCCCCUUCCCCGUCAUCGCUCGCGCCAGCUUCGGAUACUACUUCUCCUAUUUUGCCGUCCUCUCCCGUGCCACUCUAGCCCUGUUCUGGUUCUCCGUCGUCUCGUACAGUGGCUCGCUCGCCAUGCAGCAGAUGAUCAAUGCCAUCUGGCCUUCUUUCCGCGACCUCCACAAUAGUCUUCCCGCAGGCGCUGGCAUCACAUCCCAAGGACUCAUCAGCUACUUUCUCUACUGGCUGAUGCAAUUCCCCUUUCUGAUGAUCAACCCCGAGAAACUUGGCUGGUUCUUCUUGUUCAAAGUCAUCACGACCCCUCUCGUUGGUCUGGCCACCAUGGGCUGGAUCGUCCGUCAGGCUAAUGGCGUGGGUGGACUGUGGAACGCCCGGCCCACAGUCUCGGGAGAACAGUUGACCUGGCUCUGGAUCGCUGCGAUGAACGCAGCUGCUGCCGGAAAUGCGACAAUCGCCGUGAACAGCGCCGACUUCAGCCGCUAUGCUCGAAAGCCCGGAUACCAGUGGGUGCAGUUCCCUCUGGUGCCCGUCUUCUCCACCAUUUUCGCCGUGCUUGGUCUCGUCUCUACCAACGCGGCGAAAGUGGUCUAUGGCAGGGACGACAUGUGGUCGCCCUUGGCCAUCACGGACAUGUGGAGGAGCCCUGGAGGUCGGGCGGCCGCUUUCUUUGCUUCUUUCUGCUGGACUAUUUCACAGAUUGGCACCAAUAUAUCAUGCGACACCAUUUCGGCUGCGAACGACUUCACCACUUUGAAGCCAAAGUACAUCAACAUCCGUCGCGGAGUGAUUUUUGUCUCGUUCAUUGGCGGCUGGGCGCUUGUGCCGUGGAAGCUGGUGUCGGCUGCGGCGGGAUUCUUGAACUUCCUCUCGGCGUAUGCUGUCUUCCUGGCUCCCAUUUCUGGCAUCAUGGUUGGAGACUACUGGAUUGUUCGACGACGUCAGAUCGACAUUCCGAGCCUGUACCGACCCCAUGCUCGAUACCGAUACUGGAAAGGAAUCAACUGGCGCGCGCUGUUGACUAUGCUCAUCAUCGUUAUUCCAAAUCUUCCUGGUAUCGCAAAGGCGGUGAACCAGGGAGUCAACCUGCCCGAGACCUCACUGAAAUUCUACCGACUCAACUUCAUCUGGGGCUGCUUCGGUGGCUGUCUCAUCUAUUCCGCCUUCCAUUUCAUUGUCCCGGCUAAGGAGACCUAUAUAUCCAAGACCAUCGAGACCGAUGACGACGCAUCGAUUAAUGAUGUGACGACGGUCAUUGUCGGUGUGCCUGCGGACAAAGGGAUCGGAUCGGACGCGGCCAGUCUCGAGGAGGGAAAGAAGUUGGCAGAGGUGUGA